GCACAAGUACAGUCGCAGUUUCCACACCAGAUGCAGCGGGAAUUGCCUGCAUUGUAACAUAUCAUUCUGGGAAAUCGAUUGCGUCGGCACCUCAAAGCUCGGUUCACAUUCAGAACCACGAAGACAGCGCCCUUCAGGGCCGAUCUCCGCAACGUCAAACCCCAGAUCUGAAUAGGAACCCGUAAACACCACUUGGGUUCACCCUAUUAAGGAAACCACACAUUCCCAACCAUGGAUCCGCCCAACCUCCCGCCCUCCCUCCUCCCCACCCUCUCCUCUCAAAUCGACACCCUAACCUCCGCCCUGCAACCCCUCCUCACAACGCCCCUCUCAACAACCACAUCCACGCUCCCGCUCCUCUCAAGGGCAAAACUCCACAUCCACGUCGCCUACACCAUCGAAUCCCUGCUCUACUCCUCUCUACUCCUGUCCGGCCAGAAUCCACGCGAACACGCGAUUUUCGCGGAAUUGGCACGUCUGAAGGGGUAUUUCCAGAAGGUCAAGGAGAUUGAGGAACGGGGGUUGAAAAGCGCGGAGGCGGCAGAUAAGGAAGGGAAGGAGAAGGAGGAGGGGAGGAUGCGGUUGGAUAAGGAAGCUGCGGGGAGGUUUGUACGAGCGGGAUUGGCCGGGAAUGAGCAGUUCGAUAGGGAGAGGGAGGAGCGAGAGAAGGGGAUCAGGGAGAGAACGAAGCGGAAGGCGGACGCAUUGGGCGGAAAGCAGAAGAAACAUAUCAAGUUUGAUGAGGACGAGGAGAAUAGGCGGAUGGCUGCCCUCCCGAAGGAAACAAGAGGUACUGAGGGCAAGGAGGAUGAGUCUGCAGAUGACGAAGAGGAGGCAGACGAGGUCGACGGAGACCAGGACGCAGAAAUGCAAGAUGCCAUCAACGCCGCCUACGACGAGUCCAACACCAAUGCUCCUUCUACAUCCAAACCCCCACAACCCCUUCCCCAUCGCAAGAAACGCUCAAAGACCAGAGACGAAAACCGUGCCGAGCGCAGGGAGCGCAAACUCCAGAGGCAGGCGCAACGAGCGGCUGAAGCAAGCAAUGCUGGCAACACGGGGGAGGAAGAGGAGACGCUGAUUCCGGCGAAACAGCAGGGGGCGCCGAGAACGCCUGGAGAGACGUUUAAGGCGUUAUUGGAGGGGCCGUUGAAGAAAGAUAGGAAUGGGAACGGCAAUGGGAAGGGGCAGGGGUCAGGGAAGAGAAAGGGGAGAUGAGCGUAGAUGAGGCAUGAUGGAAGAUGCCAAUGGUAGUGGCCCAUCCCAGAAGUCUGUAAGAGAUGAGUGUGAUAGAAUGUCUCGGAUCACGAGUUGGAAAACCAUGGGUGGAAUCGCGCAGUGUACUGGGCUCUCACAAACCCCAGAGCGCGGUCGAGUGUACACUCAGGGUCUCAUUAUACUUGACCACCUGCUCGAUAGAAGCAGCAAUGUAUUAACCUGGUGCAAGAAGCACCAUUCUC